AUGGAGAAAACAGAUGCCAAAGACCAGCCCUCUCAGGUAGAUGAAGAGAAAGACUCACCCAAGAGCCACCCUUACUCCGUGGAGACCCCAUAUGGCUUUCAUUUAGACCUGGACUUUCUGAAGUAUGUGGAUGACAUCGAAAAAGGAAACACCAUCAAAAGGAUUCCUAUCCACCGACGGGCCAAGCAGGCCAAGUUUAGCACUUUGCCCCGAAACUUCAGCCUUCCUGACAGUGGAGCUCGGCCCCAUGCUGCAAUUCCCCACUCAAACUGGUCCCCAGUGGUGCCAAGGAAAGUGUCGCUCGGGACAGAGGAGCAAGCCCAGGCACUGCCACUUAGUGAUUCCUCCCAAGCCUCAGCCAGCGGCGGUGAGGUGAGCUACCAUAGGAAAGCCCUGCUGGCCGAGGCCACCAGGCAGUUGGAGGCAGCUCCUCCUGAAGAUGCUGAGCUCUUCUCUGGAAGUGGACGGCCCCAGCUUUUGAGAGCAUCCAGCAUGCCAGCCACGCUGCUGCAAAACAGGGCCUCUGAGGAGCCCAGCCUACCCUCAGCUCUUACUCCACCUCCCACCCUCCCUCCACUUCAGGAUGAAGGCAGUGUCUGUGAUGGUACCUUUGGGCCUGUGGAAGGAUUUGCAGAUAUUCACAGUUCCAGCCCACAAGCAUCAACUCAACCAAAAGUCAGAGAGUUUGAAGACCUGGUGCUGGGGAUUCCAGAGCUGGUCCAGGAGGCAGCCAAGCCUCUGGAUGGUAAAGAGGAGGCUCCAAAUCACCUCUCUUUCCCAGGUCCUCCUUCCUCAUCCCAGAAUGCACUUGUAGAGGAUGCAGAAGACAAUCGUGAAACCAGAGAAGCAGAGGUGGUGGUCACUCCUGGCUCCCCAACACCAAGUCCCCCACCUCUACCAUCACCCAUCCCUGAAAAUGAUCUCCCUCUAGAAGAAAUUGAGCUCAACAUCAGUGAGAUCCCACCCCCGCCACCUAUAGAGGUUGACGUGAGAAGUAUUGGCAUUAGGGUGACGGAGGAAAGCCUGGGCCUUGCCAGGGUAGAUCCCAGUAGUAUCUCCAGCCUGAAGCAGCAGGUUACAGCCCUUGAGGGCGAGUUGUCUGGAAGGAGUAAGGAGCUGGCCCAGGCCAGAGCUGCCCUCCAGCAGCAGGAAGAGGAAAUAAAGGCCAGGGAGCAGAGGAUUCAAGAGCUAGAGUUCGCUGUAGCCCAACUAGAAGAAAAGCUUAGCCAAGAUAAUGCCAGAGAUGCUCAGGGCCAGACUGAUGCCAUGGUGAACACUGACCUUCUCCAUGAACUCUUGACCAGGGAGUCGUUUGACAAGAGCAUUGGGGUCAACCUUCUGGACAUGACAGAAUCUGAAAGCUGGGAGGCCAGAGGAGAGGAGAAUGGCCUCCUACCGGGGCAAGGCAGCCACAAACAAGGGGAUAAGAGCCCAGCAGAACUUGUACUAUCACCCCAGCUGCCACUGCCACAGGGACCCGAGAUGGUCCUUACCUAUUCUUUACAUAGCUGCCUUUCCACCGAACUCAAGAUCGAAGAAGCAGGUUCUGAGCAGGAGGGAGGCCCUCAGGUAGGAGCCGAGGGUCUGGCCGGCAAAGCAGAAGGCUCUCCUUGGAGCAGCAGCAGAAAGGCUCCCCAAGCAGGGAGGGAGAAGGUCGGUCCAAAGCUUCCAGGGAAGGAGCGCCCAGAAAGGCCACCAGGCUCACCCACAGAUGCCACCAUUGGGCAAUACGUUAAGAAGAUCCAGGAGCUCCUGCAAGAGCAGUGGAACUGCUUGGAGCACGGGUACCCAGAGCUGGCCAGCGCCAUCAAGCAGCCGGCCUCCAAGCUCAGCAGCAUUCAGAGCCAGCUGCUGAGCUCUCUCAACCUGCUGCUGUCUGCGUACUCCGCCCAGGCUCCCCCUCCGGAGCCCCCGGCCCCCUCCUCCUCCUCUGCACCAGAGGAGAUCUCCCCGUCGACCAGCCUUAAAUCCAUAAUGAAAAAGAAAGACUAUGGCUUCCGUGCAGGAGGUAAUGGGACCAAAAAGAAUCUUCAGUUUGUUGGGGUUAACGGUGGCUACGAGACCACCUCAAGUGAGGAGACCAGCGGUGAGGACAGCUCCCCUGAAGACUUGUCAGACAGUGAAGCUGAGAAGCAAUGUGAUGGCCCUGAACACAGGCAGGGCAAAGACACCCACUCCAGCUACGAGGCCAGGCAGGGUGUCCCUGAGGGCACCCAUAAUGCAGGCCAGGAAAGUAGGCCUGUGGAAGAAAUCCCCCAUCCCAAGGCUGAGAGAUAUAAACCCUCUGAAGAAUUUCUUAAUGCAUGCCAGGCACUGAGCCAGCAUCUGCCAGAAAUUGAGACCACCACUGACCGGCUCUUGAGGCAAAGUUUGAAUACCAUCAGUCAAGAGUGGUUCCGUGUCUCCAGCCGGAAGUCAUCUAGCCCUGCUGUGGUGGUCGCCUACCUCCAUGGGGUCCAGUCCCAUUCGCCCCACUUCCUAAAGCUGCUUGUCAACUUGGCUGAUGGCAACGGGAACACAGCCCUUCACUACAGUGUGUCCCAUUCCAACUUCUCCAUCGUGAAGUUGCUGCUGGAGACAGGUGUCUGCAAUGUGGACCAUCAGAACAAGGCUGGCUAUACUGCCGUGAUGAUCACCCCUUUGGCAUCUGCAGAGACUGAUGAAGACAUGGCUGUUGUCCGGAAGCUCUUAAGAGAAGGAAAUGUGAACAUCCAAGCUACUCAGGGAGGCCAGACUGCGCUGAUGCUGGGAGUGAGCCACGACCGGGAGGACAUGGUCCAGGCGCUGCUCAGCUGCCAGGCGGACGUCAACCUGCAGGACCAUGACGGAGCGUCGGCCCUCAUGCUGGCCUGUCGCCAUGGCAACGCGGACAUGGUGCGGCUGCUCCUGGCACACCCGGCCUGUGACAGCAGCCUGACUGACAAGGCUGGCCACACAGCUUUGUCCAUCGUUCUGAAAUCCCCCGCCCAUGUGGAAAUUGCAGGGCUGCUGCGGGCCCACGCGGAGCAGGGCAGGUCCCUAGGGCCAUAG